AAAGACAAUUUUUGCACAGAAACCAUUUCAGCUACCGACGCGCAACUGCUCUCUUACAUUUUCUUCGUCUUUCUCUCCAUUUUCGUCGCAAUCUCUCCAACAAAAGAAAAAGCAAAUCAACUCGCUAUCGCAUUUUAAUUAUUUAACUGCAAUGAAGAUUUCCGCACUCGUUUUGGCCAUUGGUUUGGUGGCCAUAGUCAACGCUCAGUUAAUCGACUACGAUCAACUAGCCGGCGGUUUUGGUCUGCGCAAAUUGACCAAAAAGAUCGAACGUUCUACCAACAAUUAUCAGAACCAACCAAUUCAGCAGCCAUCCGCUGGUAAUUACCAACAGCCACAAAUCGGCGGAGGUUAUCAACCACAAGCGUCGGCCAUCACCUCGUCCUAUCAACAACCGAAUGCCGCGGGAGGAGGUUAUCAACCAUCGGCCAGCAACGGUUACAGCAACCAACAGCAAAAUAAGGAGCCAGCAGCGGCGACUUACCAGAAUGAAAAAUCUGCGACCGGAACGUAUGGAUCGAGCAACGCGUACGACUCUGCAAAGAAGGAAAAGGGAAUGCCUUACGAUUUCUCUUGGGCGGUGAAGGACGAGCCAACCAACAACGACUACGCCCAUCAGGAAAAGAGCGACGGUUAUGUUGUGACUGGAUCCUAUCGCAUUUUGCUUCCGGAUGGACGUACGCAAAUCGUUACCUAUCGGGUAGAAGGGGACAGUGGAUUCGUCGCCAAAGUUAAAUACGAAGGAGAAGCCAAACCUUACGUAGCCCCAGCUAAAAGCAAUUACGGCUCUUCAUCGUCCGGCUACCAACAGCAAGGAUCGACAGCUGGAUCUGCCGGCUACAAUCAGGCAACGACCUCUUCAUCCAACUACGCAAACCAACAACAAGCAACUGCCUACGGAGGAGCUGCUGGACAAUCAGGAAUUGGUCAAUCGUCACAAGGAUCAUCCAGUUACAAUAAUGUGCCGAAACCAACGACUGAUGUUUACGCACCUCCCAGCAGUUCACCGGCGCAACAACAGGCCACCACCAACUACGGACAGCAGCAAUCAGCAGGUGGAAACAGUUAUGGAUCUUCUUAUGAUGGCAGCAAAUCCACUGGAGGACCAGCUUAUGGCGCAGCUGCUGCCGGACAGAAUAGUUACGGGUCCUCCUCUCAGGCAUCCCAGCCACAAGCUGCUGCUUACAGCGGAAAUAUCCAGAAACCGGCUCAAAGUUAUUUAACUCCUCCACUUCCCACGGCUGCUGCUGGAUCACCUGCUGGUUAUGGAGCUAAUGGGCAACCAUCCAGUUACGGCUCUCCCCAAGCAUCAGCAGCCUCUUACGAACAGAUUAAACCCUCUGACAGCUACUUGCCUCCUCCUCCUCCUCCACCGGCUGCUGCUGCUGCUUCUUACCCAUCUUCGGCUGGACAAGCCAACUACGGAGGUACGACGCAACAAACUUCUUCGUCAGGUUAUGGAUCUUCAUCCACUUCCCAAGUUUCAUCGUCGUCGUCUGCGUACGAGAAUGUGCAGAAGCCGUCCGAAGAUUACUUGCCGCCGCCGCCGCCUCCUCCUUCGACCUAUCAGUCUGCUCCCGCUGCUGGACAACAAUCUUCUUCAACUAGUUACGGUUCGUCUGCUUCCCAGGGAUCCGCAGCUCCUCUAUCUAAAGAACAGAAUAAGCCAUCCGACAGUUAUUUACCUCCUCCUGCCUCCACAGUAACUGCUGCCUACUCUUCACCUGCUACUGGACCAUCCAAUUACGCAGCUACCGGACAACAAUCUUCUUCCCAGGGACCCGCCAUUUCCUAUGAACAGAAUAAACCUUCAGACAGUUACUUACCUCCUCCUGCUAGUCCCACUGCUGGACAACAAUCUUCCUCGUCCAGCUACGGUUCGUCUUCUUCCCCCCAACAACAGCCGGCCAACAGUUACUUACCUCCUCCACCCGUUUCUACUGCUAACGCGGUUUAUUCAUCCGGUGCUGCUGGAUCAUCUAAUUACGGAACUCCUGCGACACAACAAUCUUCUUCAUCAGGAUACGGAUCUUCUCAAGCAUCUGCAGUUUCCUACGAAGAGCCUGCGGCUGCUGUUUAUCAGGCACCUGCUGGACAAGGAUCAUCCAACUAUGGAUCUGUAGCGCAAUCAUCUUCAGGAUCAGGCUCUUCACAAGCUCCAACAGUUUCCUACGAAGAGCCUUCCAACAGUUACCUACCUCCUCCUCCUCCUGCUCCAGCUGCUUCUUAUUCAGCUGGAUCAUCCAACUACGGGGCUUCAUCCCAGCAAUCUCCUCCAUCAGGUUACGGCUCAGCGACUGCAACAUACGACACGAAUAACGUACAGAAACCUGCCGACAGUUAUCUACCACCAACUGCCACUUACCCACCAGCUGGAGCAUCGACCCAUUACGCUGCAGCCCAGCAGCCAGGUUACGAAAGUUCAUCGACCGCCUACGAGAACAAACCGUCGGAAAAUUAUAUGCCUCCAACCGCAGUUUUCCAACAAUCGCCGUCCAGUGCGUCCGCAUAUGGAACUUCAAGUUACCAAAAGCCAAUUUCUUCCAGCCCAGCAGCCGACAGUUACAGCAACAGGAAAGGAUCUGUGGAUGAGACCUCUUACAGCAUCGGGGAGGGUCAAUUGUUUCACGGUGAUUACCGCCAACAGCAACAGAAAGUAGCAUCGUCAACGGCUUCGUACGGUGAGGAUAGGUCGACUUUCUUCUUUGGAAACAAUAAUCAACGUUCUGCUUCAUCGUACGCCGCAGGUGAAAACAAUGUUGGUGCUGCCAAAUAUCCAGCUGCUAACGCUCUGGGAGCCAGCACAAGGGCAAAUAGUCGAGCUCGAUCUGUCGUCUAUUCUCCUGUAGGAUGGCGUUUGUAUUAAGAUUGAAUUUUUUUUUUUUUCACGUGAAAAAGCAAGACAAACAAGAAAUGCCAAUCGCCAUUCGGGAUGACAAAACUCAAUCCCAUUCUUUGAUAAAGCUUAUUCAUUUCUAAACAGUAGAUUAUAACAAGGCUUAUUAAUUCGAACUUUUAUGCUAAUCGAAUAGUUUACCCAUUUUCCAUCAUUUAAUCAUCGAGUACUUUUGCUGACAAAUUCACUCAAUUACAUGUAUACGUAAAAACUGUCGAAAUAUAAAUACACAAGUGCUCAGCA